UCAUAUUUAAACUACUUAUCGAGUUUUUAUUUUUCUCUGGUUUUCAGCUUAAAAAUCAAUGAAUUUGUUGCGUCUUGGUUGAGCGAGUCUUCACCCAACCUAACCAGUAAUCACGCUCACCGGAUUCUCUGUCGGGUUACUCCGCCGAGCUUCUCGGCAACGGCCAUUCCUUUCCACAAACGCUGUCGUUUUCAGUAUCAUUUUGUAACCGUCUUCCGCAAAUUGUUCUCACGCAAAAAAAAAAAAAAAAAAAAAGGGGAAGUCUCCGCUCUCUCUUUCUCAAAACGCCAAUCCAAAAACUCAAAAGAGGAAAAGAUAGAAGCAUGAAAAGUUUCACUUCAUCCGCCGUGCUCCGUCGCCACGGCAGCUUUUCUCAAUCCCGGAAUCUUCCCAUUCUUUCACGUUAUUAAAAAAAAAAACCAAUUCCCUCUAUGCAUCCUUUUUGCUGUGUUUCCACCGUAUCAGAUCAUUCCCCGGUCAAACCAUUACCCGACCACGUCAUCACCAUGCCUCCUCCUCCUGUAACAACCAUAACGACCACUUCUUCUUCCGCUCCCGCCACCAGAUCCAACUCGGCCCGAUCGACGGCCCAAAUCCAGUGCCACUCCAAUCAAAACCAUGAUCCGCACCAUCAUCGUAGUAAUAGCAUGGAUUUGAAUCGGCUGAGCCUGAGAAACGGGAUGUUGUUGGGAAGAGACGCUACGCCGGCUACGGCUCCGGCUCCUCCGCCGCAAGUAGAUGUGAAGAUAAACGACAUCGUAGGGAACGGGAUAUCGGGAGUGCUUUACAAAUGGGUGAAUUACGGGAAAGGUUGGAGACCCAGAUGGUUCGUUUUGCAAGACGGAGUUUUAUCUUAUUACAAAAUCCACGGACCUGAUAAAAUCGUUGUUAGCCAAGAAACGGAAAAAGGAUCCAAAGUUAUCGGCGAAGAGUCUCUCCGUAUUAUCUCCCGCCAUCGCAAUUCCAUUUCUCAUCAUCCCCUCACCCGUCGCAAACCCUUCGGUGAAGUCCACCUCAAGGUUUCCUCUAUCAGGGAAAGUAGAUCAGAUGAUAAGAGAUUCUCGAUCUUCACUGGAACGAAGAGGCUUCAUUUACGAGCCGAGACGCGGGAAGAUCGGGUGGCGUGGAUGGAGGCGCUUCAGGCGGUUAAGGAUAUGUUCCCUAGGAUGUCCAAUAGCGAGCUCAUGGCUCCGGUGGACAAUGUGGCGGUUUCGACGGAGAAGUUGAGGCAACGGCUGAUGAUGGAAGGGGUAAGCGAAUCGGCUAUCCAAGAUAGCGAACAGAUCAUGAGGAGCGAAUUCGCGGCGUUGCAGAGCCAGCUGCUGUUGCUUAAACAGAAACAGUGGCUUCUCAUCGAUACCUUGCGUCAGUUAGAGACAGAAAAAGUUGAUUUGGAGAAUACAGUGGUUGACGAGAGCCAAAACAAAUUGACUGAUCAAGGGGCUUCAUCCAUAAUAAGGCAAGACAAGUCUAGUGAAGGAAGUGUAACCGACUCAGAUGAUGAUAAUGAAAGAGUUGAUGCUGCUGAAGAAGAAACUGAUGAAGAUGACCACACUUUCUUUGAUACUCGUGACUUUUUAUCAUCAAGUUCUUUCAAAAGCAACGGAUCUGAUUUCCGGACAUCAUCUUUCUCUUCAGAUGAUGAUGGUCUUAAUGCUUUUGAUUCUGAAGAUGACAUCGAUCCUUCCAUCAAAUCAGUUGGAAGUAACUUUCCUUACAUUAAACGUCGGAAAAAGUUGCCUGACCCAGUUGAAAAGGAGAAGGGUGUAAGUCUUUGGUCAAUGAUUAAGGAUAAUAUUGGGAAAGACCUUACAAAAGUUUGUCUUCCUGUUUACUUCAAUGAGCCUCUCUCUUCUCUUCAAAAGUGCUUCGAGGAUUUGGAAUAUUCAUAUCUGCUAGACCGUGCGCAUGAAUGGGGAAUAAGGGGCAAUAGCCUCAUGAGAAUUCUUAAUGUGGCUGCAUUUGCUGUGUCUGGAUAUUCUUCAACAGAAGGAAGAAUUUGCAAACCCUUUAAUCCAUUAUUGGGGGAAACAUAUGAGGCUGAGUUCCCAGAUAAAGGCGUACGCUUCUUCUCAGAGAAGGUCAGUCAUCAUCCUAUGAUUGUAGCAUGUCACUGUCAGGGUACAGGAUGGAAAUUGUGGGGUGAUAGCAAUUUAAAGAGCAAAUUUUGGGGUCGCUCAAUUCAGCUGGAUCCUGUUGGUGUUUUGACCUUGGAGUUUGAUGAUGGAGAAGUGUUCCAGUGGAGUAAGGUUACAACAUCAAUAUACAAUCUCAUACUGGGAAAGUUGUACUGUGAUCACUAUGGUACCAUGCGAAUAGAGGGGAAUCGUGAAUAUUCAUGUAAGCUGAAAUUCAAGGAGCAAUCUAUCAUAGACAGAAACCCUCACCAGGUACACGGUGUAGUACAAGAUAGGAAUGGAAGGACAGUGGCUACCUUAUUUGGAAAAUGGGAUGAGAGCAUGCAUUAUGUGAAUGGAGAUUGUUCUGCUAAGGGAAAAGGUCAAGAGUCUUUAUCAGAAUCCCGUUUGCUUUGGAAGCGGAGCAAGCCUCCUAAAUAUGCCACCAGAUAUAACUUAACUCGUUUUGCCAUCACAUUGAAUGAGCUCACACCUGGUCUGAAGGAAAAGUUACCUCCUACAGAUUCAAGGCUGAGACCCGAUCAAAGGUAUCUGGAAAAUGGGGAGUAUGAAAUGGCAAAUUCAGAGAAGUUGCGGUUGGAGCAGCGACAACGGCAGGCUCGGAAGAUGCAAGAGAGAGGUUGGAAGCCAAGGUGGUUUGCAAAGGACAAAGGCAGUGACACAUACCGUUAUAUUGGUGGAUAUUGGGAGGCUAGAGAGCAGGGAAAGUGGGAUUCAUGUCCUGAUAUUUUUGGCCAAAUCCCUUCUGAUCAGCUCCUUGACUAAGUGCAAGUUGCCUAUCUUUUCCUUCUUGAUUCUUUUUCAAUUUUUUUCACGAGAUAUGGGGCACACAUCCACUGGGCCAACGAGUUUGGGAUGACCCAUGACAACAAUGUAAGUAGUUUAAAAGGGGUUUUAGAAAAUAAUAGAAGAAGAAUGUUUUCCCAAUCCUCUUGCUUCUCAAUUCAUAUCUGAUGAUUUGAGUGUGACCCAAGAAUUGGGUUACAAUUGCGGAAUUUUCAUUGUAACCAAAAAAAACAAAAAGAAAAAGAAACAGAGACUUGUAUUGAUAGAGAAUACAAGAAAAUUUUCUCUAAAGUAAAGUUUAAAUGAGAUAACAUAAUCAUUCGUCA